UAAGGGGUGGGUCUUGUAGAGUCUACAAGAUGGCUACAAGAUAUAGCCAGCUCAAUAUUGAUAUUGAUACUCUGAAGCAGAAGACUGGGGUAACAGAUACCCAGCUAGACCAAACAAUUGAGCAAGAAAAAUUAAUGAGCUUGGCCAGUUUACUUGGCAGCUAUGAAAAGUUUGUCCCAGGAUUUCAUCUCAAUAACACUGAUAUAGCGGAUCUGAAGGAUUGUGCCUUUAGGAAUGGCUAUCGACAGGCCAUGUAUGAAGCUCUGAAGAAAUGGGAAAACAUAAUCCUUGACUUCACUUAUCGGUCGUUGUUGGAGAUUUUGAUUAGUCUUCGUGAAGGAGUUUUGGCUGACCAAGUGUGUAGGACUUUCAUCCAGACACAAGCCAGUGAGCCCAAUAAAGAAGACACUGUGUCUUUGUCACCUGCACCAGAUAGAAUGAUAGGGCCACCAAUUCGUGACUCAGUUGAACCAAAUUUGACGACAGGCACUGCAACUGCUGACCACAUAAAAGAAUUUGAGACGAGGUUUAUGGUUCUUCAAAAGAUAGCUCUUAAAGAAAUAACUGAGAAACGAAUACCCGUGACUGAUUUCCGCCAAACACUCAUGAUAAUGCCAAGCUCUAUCAAAAAUGAAAACAAAGAUUUUAUCAAAUCAAACUAUUCCUUGUUUGAAAAAGCUAAAUCGAUUGAAAGCAUCUUUUUGGAGAUCAAUUUUUACAUAAGCUUUAUUGAUUUCAGCCUUCUUGAGCAUAUCAUAGAGCAAUUUGGUAGUGAUAGUCUGAAACAAGACAUGAGCAGCUAUGCAGAAGACAUGAGACAGUUCAGAAUGAAAACCUCUGUUAGCGAAGCACUUGACCAUCUUCCGAGAAGUUCAGAUGCUCCUGCUGGUUACUCUCGUCUAACAGUGAAAUUUGCUUUUGAUAUUCAGACAGCAACUCUUGAAGACGUAGACAAAUACAGGAAACGUUUCGCUAGUGAUUUCUCACUCUCCCAGCUAGCCCUUUCUUUGUUUGACCUCCAGGAGAGCUCACUACUGGUUACAUGGCUAGUGCCUGCCGCUGUAGGAGCAAUGAUCAGUGAUCAAGUGCAGAAGAAGAGGUCUUUUUUCUUUUUAAGCAACAAUAUUCUCAAGCUAUCACUUGAAGGAGAAUGUCUCUACCCUUUCAUGCCGAUGGUAAAGGUUAGUCAGUCAGGUACAGAGAGAUCUGGUGGUGCUAUGAUUGAAGCUGGAGCUUCGAUCACUCGUAAACCACAUCAAAGGAUAGCGGAGCGAAUCAACCUCAAACCUAAUCAUCGUGGACUGGCUAUUGUUGUACCAUUCCAUUCAUUGUUGGACCUAACGGACGUGCUCAUGAGGAAAUUGAGAUUUGAUAUUUACGAACCUCAAGAUGAACCAUCCCUAACGUCAUACAUGCAAGCUGUAGAUCUUGUGGAGCUGAAACACCAUCCCAUAAUAGUGGUGGUAUAUGGACGUGGAGUGAGUGGUAAUCUUCUACGCACUGAUAUUGGUUAUAUCGACAUCAAGGAAGAUAUUAUGGCACCACUAUUCCCUCCUAUUGCCACACACCUUGCUGACAACCUAAAGAUAUUCCUGUUUAUUGUCAUAUCCGACUCUUAUGAACGCUAUGGUCCACAUUUCGUUGAAGCAAUCUGGGAAAACUGCAUUGUUGGUUAUAUUGCAUGUGAUAAUCUCAAUGAUGUGCUGUGGGUGACAGACAUCGUACGGGACAGACUGGCACACUCUUCUCUGUCCGUGCAAGAUUUUUUGACUUCAAUUAGCAACCAGAUUCCGCCCACCGCUACCAUGACUGUGAUCGACCGUCUCAAGAAGCCAGUUUACUUGCAUCCUCGUGGAUCUGAGCUAAUGGGAACUCACAGCAGAUCACCAGAAUCAUCCGAGGAGUCCGAUACUCUGUCACAUUUAGGUGGACUAUCAAUUGCUGAACAAUCACAUCUAAGUGGACCGCAUGAGCCAGUUUACUUGCAUCCUCGUAGAUCUGAACUAAUGGAAACUCACAGCGGAUCACAAGGAUUAUCCGGGGAAUCUGGUUAUCUGUCACAUCCAAGUGGACUAUCAAUUGCUGAACAAUCAAUUGAUUUUACUGGUCUACUGGAACAACCAAUUGAGGAGGAGCUGAAAACUAAAUCCAAGGGUGCCAAAGCAAUAAAAGAGUCCCCGAAGCAGAGUCCUUUAAAUUGAUGAAGACUCACUCUUAUAGUUCUCACCUCAUAUUAUAAUUUAUAUCGUAUUAUCCGUUCCAACAAAUUCUUGUAUAAUAUACCUUUUGUAAAAUUUUUAUUGACAACAGCA